UCUUUCUGUAGAGCAAACAGCUGGGCUGCCUCCGAGAUCCGAGCACCAUGGGAAACCAACUGUGCUGCGGCUGCAGGGGACCCUGGAGCUGCCCGUCUGUUUUUCAGAGGAAAAAGAAGACAGGGAGCCAAACUAGAGGGGCACAGAAGCUGCAGGAGCAGCUGCAGCAGAAUGGCACAAAGACCCCGCGUACAGCAGGCCCCACGGACAGACGGCACGGCAGGCAGCCUGCCCGCCCGAGGGAGAGAAGCGCCAGGUCCGAGGAGAGCAACUUGCAUUACGCGGACAUCCAAGUGUGCAGCCGCGGCCACACCAGCGCGCCCAGAUGCCAGCCCUCGGAAACGGCCACCGAGUACGCGGUCCUCCGUUUCCCGCAGGCCACCCCUCGCUACGACAGCAAGAACGGGACGCUAGUGUGAGCGUGGGCGAGGAGGGACCCGUCUCCACCAUGUCACCCCCACUUGCGGGGGGGCGGUGGGGGUCCCCCUGCGUCGUCGGGGAACCCGGUGGCCGUGGCGGCCACGUGUUGAGCGCGAGGACCCCCAGCCUGGCUUCCUCCCGUGGACCUUGCUCUUACUCUGGCAGACUGGGGGUAUUGGGGUUACCCAGCCUCAACCCAGCGCCCCCACCCAGAGUCCAGGAGGUGCGCGAAGAGGAGGGAGGCUGCUGGCCGCUCCCCUUCGCUCCCGGCUGGAGGAAAGCGCAUCCAGGCAGGUUAUCCUGCAACGCAUCCAACCCAUCCUGUUGGACUGGACGUUCUUCCAAAGCUGGGGCAGAGGCGUUCAGAGCGCGGCCCCCCAAGGUCUCUCGGGGUCACUUCCCGAGAGGUGAGUGGCCGGGGAAGGAAGCAGGACCGAAGCGUUCAAGAGACUACGGGGCUGAGGACUUUCUCGCACCACUGGGUUCCAAGGCCUCGCAGUCUCGUCUAUGAGCCACUGACCGCCACGCACCGCCAGACCCGGACGUUCCCCCUGGCUGGACAGUCGGAUUUGACGCGUGCGGAGCCUCGAGGAUCAAUAAAUCGCAUCAGGAACACGCCCGCCCCGUGCAAUUUCUGCAGAGACGUGGGCGUGGGGUGCGGGUGGGGGUGUCUCGCGCAGCCCAGGGCCAGCUUUUGAGGUCCCGCCUGCAGAGGGGCCUUAGUGCCCCCCAGUCGCCCCACCUCUGCUGGCCUCCUCUAGGCCUUUCGGGAGUUGCGGCUGGUUUUCAAGCGCCGGUCCGCGGUUUGUAAAAAUGCAAAU